AUGGCGGCGCGAUGGGGAGCAGGAAUUCGGAACGGAUUCCUCGGUCAGUUCUCACACUACCUCAUUCGCUACGCAACAUGGAUCCCUCCAUUGGUGGUCUUCAACGGCUGGGUUGCCGAGAUCACACAAAUCAAGGGGCCGUCCAUGUAUCCUUUCUUCAACCCGCACUACAAUGAGUCAACACGUCGGGACAUCGUACUGGUCUCUAAGUGGUACCCGGACCGGAACCUCAAGCGCGGCAUGAUUGUGACCUUUAGAAACCCACUGAACCCAAAGGGAAAGGUCGUAAAAAGAGUGGUCGGAAUAGCAGGCGACGUGAUCCGUACCAAGGCGCCUUACCCGCAUGAAUACGUCCAGGUACCAGAAGGGCACAUCUGGGUAGAGGGAGACGGCGACAAGACCAAGGACAGCAACUACUACGGCCCGAUAUCAGCGUGCUUGGUCACCGGCCGUGUCACGCAUAUUCUGUCGCCGUGGGAUCGAUUUGGGCGGGUAAAGUGGUGGGAGCAUAACUUGCGACCGGGGAUCAAGAAGGCACGCCAUCUGCUGGAGUGA